CUUUGCCCUAAACCGCUGCUUGGCUGCUUUUUUCUCUUCAACCUCUUCUGUUCUUGCUAUAGUUUUUGCUGUGCAGUUUCAAAUUGCAGUGCGGAAAAAUGGAAACUUUAGCUGUUGACGGCACAAUAGAAGCCCCAAGCAAAUGGGAGUUCAGUUGUGACUUGGAAGUCGAUUAUCAAUCUGAGGAAAUUGCCCGUAUUGUGCAUGCUGCAUUAGCCGUUGAUAAGGAGUUACAGCCAGACAAGGUGAAACGGCAAAUGACAGUCUCCGAUGGAAAGCUUUCUGUGCAUUUCGAAGCAGUUGAAGCAAGAUUUCUACGUGCAUCAUACAGCGCCUUUGUUGAUGUUCUGACGCUUGCCACCAAAACAAUCGAAGAAUUUGGUCAAGGGAUGACGAUGACAUUGUGACCUUCAAAUAUUGCUUGAGAACUCCAUAGUUUAUUGAACUUUGUGAUUCUUGAAUUUAUCAACCUCACUGUGGUUUACAUCGACAUAUCCAUGUAAUUUAGCAACUGAAUUUCCUGGUUAUACAUCCUCUAUGUAUACUUAGUGUUAAUGGGAUCUGUCUGCAUUCUGUGAAGACUUGAUUAGAGGAAAGGGGUAAACAUUUUCUCAAGCUUGCAAUGGA